ACAAUUCGCAAUUAUUAAUUCAUCCCUGAUGCAUUCUCGUGUUUACAAAUGAUUUUUACAUUGUUUAAAUCUGAGUUAUUUAAUUAAAAUCAUUUCUUAUGAAGUUUUUAUGAUUUUUGUAUUGUUCGUCUAAACUUUUGAUUUCUGUUAAAAUGCAUUUAGUCAGAUUGAUGAAACAAAUGCCUGAUCUUUGCAGGUUUAAUAUAGGGUUUUCGAGAUUUUCAACUCAAUCAUCUGAUAACAAUUAUGCUGAAUAUGAAAGGAGAAAAUUUGCCCGAAGAUUUGGUAACAUUGUUCGACAUCAUGAUAAAGGAUUUGAAAAAAUAGUGGAGUUAGACAAGGACGAUUUUUUCGGCAUCAAAACUUUUAGUGCAGAUGAUGUUAAAGGAAUUGAUGGUCUUGAUGAUGCUAAAAGGCAAAAAUUAGAUAAAAAGGUAAAAGAAUUAUCUAAUCUCCAAGGUUUAGUUUCAUCUGAAGAAGGUUUCCUGAGGUCUAUGUCUUACGGAAAAGUUAGAUAUGAUCAUGAAAAUAAAGUCGAUUAUAUGGGCCAAUAUGAAAAAGAUGUAAAUCAUAUUUUGCUUGAGAAGAAAAGACGAUAUAUGUUGGAAAUCACAUCUGCAAAUGAAACAAAUGAAAAAAUGGAUUCUGAUUCUGACCAAGGGGCUGAACAAGUUCCGUUGAAUUAUAUUGAUCAACAGUAUUUUGAUAUAAACACGGAAAAAGAAGAUAACCAAAAACAAGCUUCCAAAACCACUGAUCUGAACUUUAUUGAUUAUCAAUAUUUUAGAGAUAAUUAUUCUUCCGAGCUUACAUCUGAAGGCUUUCCGCUCGGUCCUAUCAAGUUUCAAUUUACGCCAGCAUGGAAUGAAUAUAGAGAUUAUUUGAAUUCAUACGACCCUUCGACAUUUGAAGCUAAUCAAAAUUCUCCAGAGCAAUUAAUAGAGAAUUUAACAUUUGCAGGAGACACUCCAUUGCGCUCUGUGGAAGAAGUUACUCAUGAAUUAAUUUUAAUGAAGAAAAAUUCACAAAAUGAUGAGAGUCAAGAUUCACCUGAAAAUAAAGAAAUCAAAACGGAAGAUCACAACAAUUUAACCAGUGAAGAAGUCGAAGAUGUACCAAAAACUGCCUUAGAUUAUAUCACUCAAAUACGUAAAGGUCAGCUACUUCCGGAGGACAAAGCAUACUUGGAACACCUGGAAAAAAAAUUCAAGAAAUUAGGUAAUGAAUUUAAAAUGAGAAGCUUCGACGUAAAAGAAAAAGCUUAUGACUCUACUGGUAAAAGGAGUUUUCUUGAACAAUCCCCAAAACUUAAUUUUUUGCGUCGUAAUGAGCUGCUUGAUCUUCUCGCUCAAAGAGUUUUAUUUAAUGAAAGAGAUCUGAUUGCUAUCGAUAAACCUAACGGAUUGAUCGUUGAAGGGGGUGAUACUAAUUCAAAGUAUCCUUCUUUAGAAAAUCUGUUGCCUGAUCUUUCCCGAAAAUUGUUUGAUAAAGAAAAUCAACUUUAUUUAGUUCACAGACUUGAUAGAGAUGCAACCGGAGUACUUCUUCUCGCUAAAUCUUUAUCGAUGGUUAAAACUCUGAGAGAAAUGUUUUCAGAAAGAAAAAUAAGUAAAUAUUACUGGGCCAUUGUUCGAGGAAUUCCUGACCCCUUAAAUGGUAUUAUUGAUAUUCCGAUUGAGGCUGGCAAAACAAAUGGAGUUGAGCGGAUGCAUCUGAAACCUGAUUGUGAUUUAGACUUCAAUCGAAAAAUUGGAGCUACUCGAGGAGCUUAUCCAGCAACAACACACUUUCGCACUCUUAGAAAGUGGGGAAAUGCCUGUCUGGUGGAAUUAAAGCCUGAACAAGGAAUUAAACACCAAAUUCGUGUACAUCUUGGCUUUGGACUAAGAACGCCUAUUUUAGGUGAUCAUAAAUAUUCACAUCUUGAUAAACUGGCUCCCCAAAAGCUUCCUGACGAUAUGUUAUUGAAAUUAAAUGUUCGUCAAGCAAAAGUAAGGAAUAUACCUUUGCAUCUUCAUUCAAAGUUGUACAUUAUCCCCGGAAUAGGAAUGAAUGGUAAUAAUGUAUCAAUUUCAGCUCACCUUCCUGGUUUCUUCCGCGCGAAUAUGUCCAGUUUAGGAUUAUACAAACAAGAAGCUGUGCUCAAAAAUCCUAUUGCAUUUUAGUUUAAUUUAAUUAAUUAAUUUAAUAUUUUGUGUAAUUUAUCAAAUGUUUGUUAAACUCAAUUUCUGCACCUAAACAUCCGUGCUUCUCUUGAUAUCUGUUUAAUGUUUCGACCCGAUAUCCCUCUAUUUGGUCUAGUCAGACUUAUUUUACUGUUGUAUUGUAAAAAUUCAAAUUGUAAUUGACUUCAAAUUAGUGACUAAUUUCAGAUGUGCCUUUUGAGUUUAAAUAAAGAUUUUUGUAUAUUGU